AUGCCCGUAGAAACGCUCGACGACGGAAACAAACUGCGCCUCGUGCAUCCAAAGGGUGCAACCCUUGAGGUACUCAAGUAUGGAGCGACUAUCAUCUCAUGGAAAGCCCCGAAGCCUGAAUCUAACAACCUUGCCGAACAACUCUUCGUCUCUUCGAAGGCAUUUCUUGAUGGGUCUAAACCUGUGCGCGGGGGUAUACCAGUUGUCUUUCCGUGCUUUGGUGCACCGACGAGACCUGAGCAUACUGGGUUACCUCAACACGGAUACGCACGCAACUCAAAGUGGGAGUGGGAUGGUCAGACAUUGAUGGACAACGACGUGGCUGUCUCUGUCAAGCUCACCCUGACAUCCGACCCUUCCUUGACGAACGACCGAGUUGUCCUCGCCUACGUCAUCACGCUCGCAGAGCACCAGCUCAACACUGACCUGCACGUAACCAACACUCAUCCUGAUUCCCCACUUUCCUUCCAAGCGCUGCUGCACACAUACAUCCGCGCGCCUAAGGCUGCAGCACAUAUCGAUGGCCUCCAAGGCUUGACUUACCUCGACAAGACUGUAGGCGGAAACCAGAAGCUUAUGGAACGUCGUGCCAUCGCCGAUGUACACCAGUUCACGGACUUCGUAUAUGAGGAUGGCCCACUCGAGUAUACUGUCACCUGGCCGGAUGGAGGUAUCAAGGUGAAGGCUAUUGGAUUUAAGGAUGUCGUGCUUUGGAACCCGGGACCACAAAAAGGAAGUGAACUCGCUGACAUGGAGGACGGAGGGUGGGAACGAUUCCUGUGUCUUGAACCAGGAUAUGUCGCUGACUUCAAGACGAUCCAACCAGGCGAAACAUGGAUCGGAGGACAGACGCUUACACCUAUUCGGUCUCCCGGAACUCUUUCAGUAUGA